AUGGUAUUUGGCUACAAUAGCGACAAAGGUCUUCUGAAUGAAGAAAAAAGAUCAUCAACUGCCGACUUAGAAUCGGUUAUUACCCAACAUACAACCAAUUAUGACCUCUAUAUUGCCAGAUCUAAUCCAUCAGCUCAUAAUGCCGAAGAAGGACACCAACUUAGACAGGAAUUACACGCUCGUCAUGUCUCAUUGAUUGCCAUUGGGGGUGCAUUGGGAACAGGUCUUCUUAUUGGUACUGGACUGGCUUUGAAAACUGCUGGACCAGGUGCUAUUUUGGUAGCUUAUGGUGCCAUUGGAUUUGUUGUUUAUAUGGUUAUGACUGCUCUUGGUGAAAUUGCCUCUUUUAUUCCCUUGCCGGGGUUUGCAAAUUAUGGGAAAAGAUACGCUGAUGAAGCUUUGGGAUUUGCUUGUGGUAUUGUUUAUCUUAUUAAAUAUUUAGUACUUCCAGCUAAUCAAUUGACCGCCGGGGCAUUAACUAUGCAAUAUUGGGUUUCAAGAGAUAGAGUGAAUCCAGGGGUUUGGAUUACAGUAUUUCUUGUUGUCAUUACAUUUAUUAAUUUUCUUGGGGUCAAAGUAUUUGGGGAAAUUGAAUUUUGGAUGUCAAUAUUAAAAGUGUUGACUUGUUUAGGGUUGAUUCUUUUGUUGUGGAUUAUUGCAUUAGGUGGUGGACCAACUCAUGAAAGACUCGGUUUUAGAUAUUGGAAAAACCCAGGAGCAUUCAUUCAUUAUUCAAACUCAGCCCAAAAUGUGGCUAUUGGUGGUUCAAAGGGAAGAUUCGUUGCAUUUGUAUCAGUUUUAGUUACUGCUGUGUUUGCUUAUCUUGGAUCUGAAUUGGUUGCUGUUACAUUCAGUGAAACUAGAAACCCAAGAAGAGCUAUUCCAAAAGCUAUCAAAUUGACAUUGUACCGUAUUCUUGUUUUCUACAUCUUAUCGAUUUUAUUUGUUGGUAUGUGUGUUUCAUCCAAAGAUCCAUUAUUAUUGGGUGCCAAAGGUACCAAUGCCGGUGCUAGUCCUUUUGUUAUUGCCAUUAAAAAUGCUAAAAUUAACGGGUUAGACCAUCUUAUCAAUGCCUGUAUUCUUUUAUUUGUCAUUUCAGCUUCCAACAGUGAUAUGUAUGUUUGCUCAAGACUGGUUUAUAGUUUGCUGGUUGAUGGUUAUCUUCCAAAAUUUUUCUCCAAAACCAACAAAAUGGGUGUUCCAUACUAUGGUGUUUUAUUGAGUUUCUUGUUCUGUUUGUUGGCAUAUAUGAAUGUUUCUUCUGGGUCGGCCGAAGUUUUCACAUAUUUUGUCAAUGUUGUCUCUUUAACUGGUUUAAUUGCUUGGGCUUGUAUUUUGACUUUCCAUAUUAGAUUCAUGAAAGCUUUAAAAGCCCAAGGUUUGGACAGAUACAAAGAUUUGGUUUACAGAUCUCCUUUACAACCAUACGGUAGUUACAUAUCUUUGGCCAUUUGUAUUCUCAUUAUUUUCAUCAAGAAUUUCACCGUAUUUUUGGGGGAUAAGUUUGAUUACAAAAACUUUAUCACUGGGUACAUUGUCUUACCAGUGUUUUUAAUUUUCUUCUUUGGUUACAAGAUUAUUUAUAAAACAAAAUGGUUGAAACCAGAAGAAGUUGAUUUGGAUACUUACAGGGAUGUUAUUGAUGCUGAAUUUGAGAAAUUCGAAGCCGAAGCAGCUGAAAAGAAGGCUAUCAGAGAAGCUGAAGGUAAACGUUUUGAUGGACAAUGGUUUUAUGAUAAAAUCUUGGGAUGGAUUUUCUAA